UGCACACGCCCUUUAGGUUAGAUAUGUACAAAUCCGGGACUUAUAAGAAACUUUAAGAGGUUUCUUCAAAAUAUCCAACAGCAUUUCAACAUAACUUGAUUCAGGAUAUAGAAUGAUUAUGAGCUUGCGGUAACAGGUAUUUUCGUUUCACUUGCGAAGGUGGGUGUUGAUUCCUUUACUUCACCUUACCCAUAGAAAGUAAUUCACUACUCGAAAAAAUAAUGAAAAAUAAGUAGUUCGUUGUCAAAAAAAAGAGAAAAGAGAAAGAAAAAUCAGAUGGGUUUAUUAAACAGUAUAAGAUCAGUAUUCUAUACCAGAAAUUCAAUUUGAUCCGUGUAGCAUACAUAUAUCAUAUUUCUUCUCAUUAUAGAGCUUCUCAAACUUAUAUCGUCUCCGUCCCAUUAGUCAAUACUAAAUCGAAGCCUUCACCUCUUACAAGAAACCCAGCUAACAAGUCACUAGAAGUCGAUACCUACACCCCCGAGCAGGAUGCACCGGCUCCCUAUAUCUAGAGGGACGAAGUGUCCUCUGUCCCAUAGCUUAUUGACUCCAAUUCCAAGGCUAUCGAGACAACUUCAUCAUGUCUCCAGAGGUGUCUCGUACUACCUUCAAAGGGGGACAUCAGCCUCAGCAGCUCUCAGUUUUCUGAAGCCGAGGCAGCUAAUCCCAGUACCUCAUUCUCAACUUACAAGCCAGCGAGGAGCUCACACCAUUGACUCGCCAUCCUCAGCAGCCAUCCCGGAGCCCUACUCGCCGCCCACGUCGGGCAUCCUCUCCCAUCUUCCUCGAUCGUGGGUUCCCUACGCGGAACUCAUCCGGAUCGACAAGCCCACGGGAACGUAUUAUCUGUUUUUCCCGUGCCUGUUCUCAACGCUAAUGGCCGCACCGCUGGCCACCCCCGCGGCCACCCCAUUGUCUGUUAUCGGGACCGCCGUGCUCUUCUUCGCCGGUGCCCUCGUCAUGCGCGGUGCCGGGUGCUCCAUCAACGAUCUCUGGGACCGGAACUUAGACCCGCACGUAACUCGCACGCGGCACCGGCCUAUAGCACGCGGCGCCAUCACGCCCUUCAACGCCUUAGCAUAUACGGGUGCCCAGCUCCUCACCGGUCUCGGGAUCCUGUUGCAAUUCCCGACUCCAUGUCUCUUCUAUGGCAUUCCCAGCUUGCUGUUCGUGGCUUCAUACCCGCUCGCCAAGCGUGUGACGUAUUAUCCGCAGUUCGUCCUGGGUCUGACUUUCUCCUGGGGCGCUAUUAUGGGAUUUCCGGCUUUGGGGGUAGACCUGUUGUCGAACAGCGCCGCCCUGAGUGCCGCUGCUCUGCUGUACGCGAGCAACGUGUCCUGGACCGUGCUGUACGACAUGAUAUACGCACAUAUGGAUAUCAAAGACGACGCCAAGGCAGGUAUCAAAAGCAUUGCCCUCAAGCAUGACGCUGAUACAAAGAAGGUAUUAUCCGGGCUAGCCGUUGUGCAGGUAGGCCUCCUCGGAGCUGCGGGUAUGACAGCAGGCGCAGGGCCAGCUUUUUACAUGUUCAGCUGCGGCGGCGCAGCUCUGACUUUAGGUUGGAUGAUAAAGAGAGUCAAUCUUAAGAGCGUGAAGGACUGCUGGUGGUGGUUUGUUAAUGGAUGUUGGAUCACUGGAGGUGCAAUCAGUCUCGGUCUCGGGAUUGACUACCUAUUAAAAUACGCCGACAACGAGACCAAGUCCUUAGAGAACUAGGCUUCUACAAUGUUGUAUACUUAUUUUUGUAUAUAUUAGAGUUAGACUUCAGGUCCAGGAUAGAGGGUCCUUAGAUAAUAGGAAGUGUACACUCCAAUCCAACCCAUGAAUUUUCACAUGGAAUCAUCACGAGCAUCACAAAACUAAGAGGAUUGCGGGUAUUUACUUUGGCGACGCUGAAUCUCUAUUAUGGAUCUCGUCCGCCUGUGAAAGAGUAUCAAGGCCCGAACCUAUGAUGCCGUGAUGAAACAAAGCAAGCCGUAUC